GUUUUCACUCAAGAGUGAACAGGCUGCAAAAACUGCUUCUUUGUCAUAGGUCUCGAUCUUUUACCUUGGACAUACAUUUUCAUUAAAGUUUUUAAACACUGUGCAAUUUGUUAUUAAUAUUAAACAGUGCGACCACUAGUACGUUUAUGUGAUUCCACAACAUUUCGAAACAUCGUUUCUAGCUUUGCACAUAAAAUGCCGGCUUAUCACUCCCAGAUUAAGAAUUACUCGCAAUCGGUAGGAAACAUGGCAAUCCUUCCGCUGCGGACGCAAGCCCGUGGUCCUGCCCCUACUAAUGCUAACAUUGAACAGGAUAUCAUCGACGAAUCACUGUAUUAUUUCAAAGCAAACGUGUUCUUCCGCACGUAUGAAAUCAAAUCGGAAGUCGAUCGAGUAUUGAUCUACAUAACACUAUACAUUACCGAGUGCUUGAAACGUCUGCAACGCUGCUCAAAUAAAAAUCAAGGAUUACAGGAAAUGUAUACAUUGGCUAUCUCCAAGUUCGAUAUACCCGGAGAGGCCGGUUUUCCGCUGAACGCAGUGUAUGCCAAGCCGUCCACGUCAGUGGAAGUGGAUUUGAUGAAACAGUAUUUGCAGCAGCUUCGCCAAGAAGUGGGCAUUCGAGUAUGCGAAAAGGUAUUUUCAGGUGAAGAUGGGAAACCCAGCAAGUGGUGGCUUUGCUUCGCGAAGAAGAAGUUUAUGGACAAGUCUCUAUCGGGACCGGGACAGUAGAGGGUAACUUUAUGACAUUAGAUGCGGAUAUAAAAGAAAUAUAGAAUUAUCUGAAAUUCUGUCAAA